AACACCCGGACGGUUCUUGUUACACUGAAGGCGGGUGUUACCGUGGAAAAACUACCGCACCAAGUGCGGAUAGCCGGGGGAAUGACACUUGUGGUGGCACCAGGCAGGGCCCCGCUUUGCCUUAGGUGCUAUCGCACUGGCCAUAUUCGGCGCGAGUGCCGGGUCCCCAAGUGUAGCGAGUGCCGUCGGUUCGGCCACGCGGCCGAACAGUGCGUGCGGACUUAUGCGGCGGUCGCAGAGCCUACGGGAGGGGGAGAGGAUACGUCUGAGCUCUUAAUGGAUGAAGCAGACAUGGAGGAAGAGGAGGCCACUGCGAAGCCAGUGCUCGCCCCUACACCGGAAGGAAUGACAAACGUUAAAGCGCUGGUGCCAAGUGACGAUAAACAGAUUUUCACGCAAGCAGCGGUCCCUAAAGCCGCUGGAGCCGUCGGUGGCCACCCUGCGAGCGUCGCAACCCUUACCGAAAAGGAGCAAGAGGUUGAGACAGGAGCCGACGAGGUGACAGACAUUACCAUGACCAACGCUGGUACCCAAGCCGUCAAAAGGUCAAGGGAAACUGAUCAAGAUCCGGCAGGAACCCUCAAGAGAUUAGGUGAAGCUGAACCGCCAUCGAAAACGACUCCAGACGACCCCUUCGUUCGCCACAGAAGGCGAGGACGAAGCCCCCCUUAG